AUGGCAGCUAUUAAUGAGAGUCACCCUGGAGAAUUCAUUCUACUAGGCUUUGCCGACCAACCCUGGGUAGAGCUUCUUCUAUUCAUUCUUCUUCUGAUAACAUACCCUAUGUCCAUAAUAGGAAAUAUCACCAUUAUCCUGGUGUCCAAAUUAGACCCCCAUCUCCACAGUCCCAUGUAUUUCUUCCUCACAAAUCUCUCCUUUCUAGACAUUUGUUACAGCACCAGCGUUGUCCCACAGAUGCUAUUUAACCUGGGGAACUCCAAGAAGACCAUCAGCUACAUGGGGUGUGCAGUUCAGCUGUACUUCUUCAGCACAAUGGGAACCACAGAAUCUCUGCUCUUGGCCCUUAUGUCUUUUGACCGCUACUUGGCCAUUUGCAGACCUCUGCACUACACCCUCAUCAUGAAUCACUGCUUUUGCAUCUUACUGGUAUCCAUGGUGUGGCUGUGCGGAGCAAUCUAUGCAGUCUUUGAGGUCACUGUCGUACUACAGAUGCCCCUGUGUGGCAACAAUAAACUGGAUCAAUUGUUUUGUGAGAUUCCAGUUCUAAUAAAGAUUGCCUGUGGUGAAAAGGAAGCUGCUGAGUUUGUCCUCCCUGUAGCAUGCAUUUUUAUAGCAGUUAUUCCUCUAUGCUUAAUUUUUGCUUCCUAUGCUAGUAUUGGCCACACUAUGUUGCAGAUAAAAUCUUCUGAAGGAAGGACAAAGGCCUUGGGCACAUGUUCCUCCCAUCUCGUUGUGGUGUUCUUAUUUUAUGGCCCAGGAAUGAGCAUGUACCUUCAGCCUCCAUCCUCCAUCUCUCGGGACCAGCCCAAGUUUAUGGGUCUCUUCUAUGCUGUAGUGACUCCUACUCUCAACCCCUUCAUCUACACCCUGAGGAAUAAGGAUGUCAAGGGGGCAAUAGGAAAACUGGGGAGAAGCUUCUUCUGUUUCAAGUGA